UCUCUCAUUCUCUCCCCCCCCUUCCCUGUCUCUCUUCCUCUGUGUAAGCAAGUCUUCUUUUAGCCACCCCCCCCCCGGUCGCAAGGAGCGGAGCUACCUUUCCUGGGCUGGCGGAGCUGUUCGAGGGGAGAAGGGAAGAGGUUCCCUCGGCACAAGAUGGACGCUUUUUGAGCCGCAGCGACACCCACACGGCGCUCUGCCCGUUUGCCUCGUUCUGCCUCUGACAAAAGAAAAAUGGCAUUCAGUAAAGGUUAUCGUAUCUUUCAUAAACUGGACCCACCACCAUUCAGUGUGAUAGUGGAAGCCAGAAACAAGGAAGAAUGUCUCAUGUUUGAGUCUGGAGCUGUGGCUGUUCUCUCAUCUGCAGAGAAAGAGGCUAUCAAGAACAUGUAUUCCAAGGUAAUGGAUGCAUAUGGACUUCUAGGUGUAUUAAGAUUAAAUCUUGGAGACACAUUGCUACAUUAUCUAGUUCUUGUCACAGGAUGUAUGUCUGUGGGAAAGAUUCAAGAAUCUGAAGUUUUUCGUGUUACUUCCACUGAUUUAAUAUCAUUACGAAUUGAUCCAUCUGAUGAAGAACGCAUCUCUGAAGUGCGCAAAGUUUUGAAUUCAGGAAACUUUUAUUUUGCAUGGUCUUCUUCUGGGGUCAGUUUAGAUCUUAGUCUUAAUGCCCACCGUAGUGUGCAAGAACAAACCACUGAUAACAGGUUUUUCUGGAAUCAAUCACUGCACCUGCAUCUUAAACAUUAUGGAGUGAACUGUGAUGACUGGUUGUUGCGUCUCAUGUGUGGAGGAGUAGAGAUUAGAACAAUUUAUGCAGCUCACAAACAGGCAAAGGCUUGUAUUAUUUCACGGUUGAGCUGUGAACGAGCUGGGACCAGAUUUAAUGUUCGAGGAACAAAUGAUGAUGGCCAUGUGGCCAAUUUUGUUGAAACUGAGCAGGUGAUAUUCCUAGAUGAAUGUGUGUCUUCCUUUAUACAAAUUCGUGGAUCUGUUCCAUUAUUUUGGGAGCAACCUGGUUUACAAGUUGGAUCUCAUCGUGUCAGGAUGUCAAGAGGAUUUGAAGCAAAUGCACCAGCCUUCGACAGACACUUUCAUACACUUAAAAAUAUAUAUGGCAAGCAAAUAAUUGUGAAUCUUCUUGGCUCAAAAGAAGGGGAGCAUAUGCUUAGUAAAGCUUUUCAGAGCCAUUUGAAAGCAUCUGAACAUGCGGAUGACAUCAAAAUGGUGAACUUUGAUUAUCAUCAAAUGGUCAAAGGUGGAAAGGCAGAAAAGCUGCACAGCGUUCUUAAACCACAGAUCCAGAAAUUCUUAGAAUGUGGAUUUUUUUACUUUGAUGGAAAGGAAGUUCAAAGAUCGCAAAGUGGUACUAUAAGAACAAACUGCUUGGACUGUCUGGAUAGAACAAAUAGUGUACAGGCUUUCAUUGGCUUAGAGAUGCUGACAAAACAAUUGGAAGUAUUAGGUUUAGCGGAAAAACCUCAGUUGGUUACUCGAUUCCAGGAAGUUUUUCGGUCCAUGUGGUCUGUUAAUGGUGACUCAGUCAGUAAAAUAUAUGCUGGAACUGGAGCUCUUGAAGGAAAAGCAAAGGCUGGAAAGCUGAAGGAUGGUGCACGUUCUGUGACCAGAACAAUUCAGAAUAACUUUUUUGAUAGCUCAAAGCAGGAAGCCAUUGACGUUUUGUUGUUGGGAAAUACCCUAAAUAGUGAUUUAGCAGACAAAGCACGAGCUCUCUUAACCACCGGCAGUUUACGUGCAUCAGCAACAAUCCUGAAGAACAUGUGUGAGAAUUUUUAUAAAUAUUCAAAGCCAAAAAAAAUUCGCAUUUGUGUUGGAACAUGGAAUGUCAAUGGCGGAAAGCAGUUUCGAAGCAUUGCCUUUAGAAACCAGACUCUCACUGACUGGCUUUUAGAUGCACCAAAGGUAGCUGGCAUCAGCGAAUUCCAAGAUCGGCGGAGUAAACCGAUUGACAUCUUUGCUAUAGGAUUUGAAGAAAUGGUAGAGCUAAAUGCAGGAAACAUUGUGAGUGCAAGUACAACGAAUCAAAAGUUAUGGGCUGCUGAAUUGCAGAAGACCAUCUCAAGAGAUUACAAAUAUGUUCUGCUGGCUUCAGAACAGUUGGUCGGUGUCUGCCUUUUUGUAUUCAUCAGACCACAGCAUGCACCAUUUAUCAGGGAUGUUGCCGUUGAUACUGUAAAGACUGGCAUGGGAGGAGCUACUGGUAACAAGGGUGCAGUAGCAAUUCGAAUGUUAUUUCAUACCUCCAGCCUUUGCUUUGUAUGCAGCCACUUUGCUGCAGGACAGUCGCAAGUCAAAGAGAGAAAUGAAGAUUUCAUGGAAAUAUGUCGAAAACUGAGCUUCCCAAUGGGACGAAUGCUUUUUUCCCAUGACUAUGUGUUCUGGUGUGGCGAUUUUAAUUACCGUAUAGAUCUUCCUAAUGAGGAAGUAAAGGAACUAAUUCGGCAGCAGAAUUGGGAUGCUCUUAUUGCAGGAGAUCAACUUAUUAAUCAGAAAAAUAUUGGCCAGAUAUUUAGAGGCUUUUUAGAGGGGAAAAUAGCCUUUGCCCCUACAUACAAAUAUGACUUAUUUUCGGAUGACUAUGAUACCAGUGAAAAAUGUCGUACACCAGCCUGGACAGAUCGCGUUCUGUGGAGGAGAAGAAAAUGGCCUUUUGACCGAUCAGCCGAAGACAUGGAUCUUCUGAAUUCCAGUUUUCAUGAUGAAAGUAAACUUAUUUACACAUGGAAUCCUGGAACUUUGUUAUAUUAUGGAAGGGCAGAGCUGAAGACAUCUGAUCAUAGGCCUGUUGUUGCAUUGGUUGAUAUAGAUAUCUUUGAAGUUGAUGCGGAAGAACGACACAAAAUUUACAAGGAAGUAAUUGCAGUGCAGGGGCCACCUGAUGGUACUAUAAUGGUCUCUAUCAAAGGGUCUUCAUCAGAAGAGAACUAUUUUGAUGACAGUUUGAUUGAGGAACUUCUUCAAAAGUUUGCAACUUAUGGUGAAGUUAUACUCAUAAGAUUCGUAGAAGACAAAAUGUGGGUGACGUUUUUGGAAGGGAGUUCUGCUUUAAAUGUUCUUAACAUGAAUGGUAUUGAGCUCCUUGGGAAAACUAUCAAUAUUAAUUUGAAAAGCCCAGAUUGGAUUAAGAGCUUGGAAGAAGAGAUGAGUUUGGAGAGAGUUAAUAUUGGAUUGUCUUCAUCAACAAGUUCCACUUUGCUUUGUGAAGAUGCAGAGGUGUCAGCAGACUAUGAUAUGGAAGGUGAUAUUGAUGAUUAUAGUGCUGAAGUAGAAGACAUUCUUCCUCAGCAUCUACAGCUAGCAGCAAGUUCUGGUCUUGGAGCCUCACCUGGUUCUUCACCUCGUUCAAGCCCCUGCCAGUCACCUACACUAUCAGAUGGGCCACCUCUAACCCUUCCAUCCAGACCAAGCAGGGCACCUAACAAGACUCCUGGACCACCUACAUCGUCUCAAGGUUCUCCAAUAGAUUUUCAACCAAUUACUCAACAAAGAGAGUCUACUCAAGGUUUGGAACCCAAACGCCAGCCACCACCUCGCCCAGGAGCACCUCCUGCUCGUCCUGCUCCACCACAGAGACCACCUCCACCAUCAGGGGGCAAGAGUCCUGCACCUACUAGAAGAGAAUUUGGAGGUCUUGGUGCUCCUCCCAGCCCUGUUGUAGCUAGGAGAGAAGAAGGUCAGAAAAGCCCUGGGCCGCAAAGAAAAGACAUAGUUCAGAGUCAGUCACCAACUCCAGCUGGACUUACAAGCAUAGGAACAUCUGGAUAUAGUACAUGUAGACCGACUAUUCCUCCCCGAGCUGGAGUCAUUAGUGCACCACUAAGCCACAUCCGUCCCCCUGUGGGGAGACACACACCUGAAAUCCAACCCAAGCCAGCAGAAUCACCAAGAGGAUCCCCAAUGCUUCCUGAACCGCUUAAGCCACAGGCUGCCAUUCCUGUUCAUCCCACCACUCAGCCGCCCCCUGUCCUAAAGAUGCAGGAACCUCUUAUACCUAUGACAGCAACAUCUCAGACCACUUCUCCACAAAAUCUGGAAGCACCACCACAGCCUCCCCCUCGUAGCAAAUCAUCCCAAAGUUUGCCUUCUGAAUCCAUUCCUUCACAGAAACAAAUCAGAGCAAAUGGAGUUCAUGCCAUUCAGCUUGAAACACAGCUCAACAGUGACCCUUUUGAAGAUCCGUCCCUUCAGCUUCUUUCUGCAUCCAAGAUUCAGUCAUCAUUUCGAAUGUCAUCAGUUGUACCUUUAAACCAAAAGAAGCCGAAAAAGUUGCCUUCUGCAACAGACAGUUUUAAUACUUUAAGUAAUGUAAAUUGCAUGCCAGCAAUGCCAGUUAUUCCAGCAUACAGUAUCCCUGAAGAACAUAUGCACAGUUCUCCAAAUCCAUUUACUACCAAACUAAACAGCAUCAAUCCAUUCACUGAAAAAACUACUACUGCUGGAAAUCCAUUUAGUACAGAAACCCGAGAAUCUGGAGCUACUUCACAGUGUUCAACAGAAGGACCUGCUGCCUUCACUUUUCCACCUCUAAAGCAGCCCAGUCAUAAAGGCAAGGCUUCAUUUUAUGUUAAUGCAUUUGAAGACACUUUUAGUUUGCAAAGCGCAUCUUCUGUAGCGAACUAUGGAAAACCAAAAGGAUGGGUAACAUUUGAUGAAGAAGAUUAUGUGAUGAAGCUAAAGUCACUGGAUAAUCCCAUUGAGUUAAAAAGAGCUGGUUCCUUGCCAGCAACUUAUUUUCCAAGUUCACUGGGCUCAGAUUCUGCCAUUUACAAUGAUUGGAACAGAAGUUCUGAUUCUUUCUUUCCAUUGCCAGCAAGACUCCCACCUGCACCUCCUGUACCGUCCAGGUCCGCUAGUGCUAAAUCAACUACAGGCCCUUCCCAAGCACCUAAAGUUUUAUCUGUACAAGAUUUUACUGAAAGAUAAAUUACACUUUUAUCUUUCUAUAAAUUGUUUGCUAAGAGUAUUCCCUAGAAUUGGGCAUUGAUGUAAUUCUGUGUGCAAUAAUUUGUCAGAUGCACUGAACCUAUUAGGUCACUAUGUACAAACAUUAAUAAUAUGUGUACUUAUAGGGUAAUUCACAAAGCUAAUUCCACAAGUGAUUUCAUUAUCCCACUUCUAAUAGGGCACAGUGCAGGGAAGGUUAUGCAUAUAUUUAAAUCCCAUUUUAAUGCCAUAGGACUCAAGUUCAAAAUUAGGUGUUGCCACCCAUUGAUUUUCAGUACAACUGAUGAGCAUUGACUUGUCUGUGAAAUGCACAUAGCUAUUGAAAAAUCUGUUUCUUACAGCACAAUUUAAAUACUAUUUUAAACACCCUCUGGACUGUUAGAACUUAGAAUCACUUCCAGGAACUGAAAACUGGUAUAUUUAUGAGUAUUUACCAAAGAACUGCCAAAGUUUAAUUAUUGACUAUUUAAGGGUAAUGUUGGGGAAAUGUUAUUAUAUACCAGAGGUUUAUGAAGAUUUGUAAUGGUGAAUUCUACAAAAUAGUUGAAAGAUUUUUUAAAGUACACAGCAUAUAGUAAUAUAUUUUAGCUGCAACUGCGUACAUUUUAUUGUUUUGCACACAAUUGUGGUUAAUUAUAAUCUAGUUUCAUUCAAUGUUUGUUUUGGACACUACUCUUAAAGAACUUUCCUGUUCUAGCUUAUCAGAAAAAUAUGUGUCUUUGCUUUUUUAACUUAAAGAACAAGAACUUCAUGACUGAAGAAAAUGUAGAACUUGAUAUGAGGAUCUAGGUGAAGAAGUAAUCUGAUAAGUGGUCCAUGUAUUUCAAUUGUAUUUGCAUCUUCACUAUGGGUCUCAAAUAUGGCUUCAACAGACCAUUUCUGUACUGUUCUGUCAAGCUAUUUAGAUGUAUCACUGUUCUUCACAGACAGAAGCUGUCGAUGCCACAUGUGGCAAUUAUAAAGGAUCAUUCUGUUUUUGUUCGCUCAACGCUUUGUAAACUUGCAAGUGGUCCUGCCCCCAUGGUUUUUGCAACAAAAGUCAUUUGUAGUAUUUUGGUGUUAUGAAGGAAACAAGUUUUUUCAACAAUACUUUGUCAGGCAAGCUAUAGAUUCCCUUUCUUAUGCAUAUUGUCACAGCUAUUUAUAUUGCUUGCUUCCUUUUCUAAACAUUUAUGAAAAAACUUUGAGAGAAGAGCCUCGCCAAAUAUGUCUGCUCUUCUAUUGAUUCUAUUAGCUAAGUAUAUGUCUUUUGGUAGCAUCUGAGGGAGAAGCACAGCAUUCCAUGGAGCAGCAAAAAUAAAAUUACAUUUCUAAAUUCUUUACUACUAUCCCAGCAUAUUUAUAUAAAUCAUCCCAUCUAACAGUGAAAAUCAUUAUCUGCAGUUGGAUAGAUAAGUAAAUACAGUGACUUCUAUAUUGUACUUUUACAGUGAAGUUCAUUUAAAAGUACUUGUACAUCUUGAAACAGCAGUGGUACUGUAACCUUUGUGCUUCAGUAUGUGAUUUAAGUCAUUCAAACUGAUUAUUAACAUCUAUGUGAUCGUGCUUUGGAAUAAUCUUAUGUUAACAAAGCAAUUGUGUUCUGGAAAGUUAGUGCAAAUUACAGCUCAGUGAUAUGUAGUCCUUGUUUAGAUAUUUAAUUUCACGUAUUAUACUUUUUCUAUAUUUAAAAUACAAGCCCCCAACACAUUCAGUAGAUUCCAGAAUCCGGCAGCACAGUAACAUAAAUUGCAACAAAGCAUCUACCAAGUAUAGGAUGAAUAGUUAACAACCUAAUGUAUUGCUUAAAGGUAAUUACUAGAGGUGUCAGAAUUGCCAACUAUGUAAAAAAUGCUGUAUCUUUUCAUGGAGUGUGUUCCCUGUGGCAAGUUGCUUUGUUCAUGUGUAACAAAUUAUUGCUUGUGAUACACAAUAUUUGACUAUAUCCAUUGCAAAAAUACAGUAUUAACUCAAUGGUCUACAAUAUUCCAUACAUAUCCUGUGAAAUGUGGUGUUGUAUUAAUUAAAUAAAUAUACCUAUCUUUCA